GCCGCCGCCGCCUCACUCGGGCUCGCUCUCGCCGCCCGCGCGCAGCGCUCCGUCCCGGCCGGGGAGCCCCAGGCGCGCCGCGGAGCCAGGCAGGCGGGCAGGCGGGCGGGCGCUCGGCGCGAAACCAGCUGGAGCUAAACGGGACAGCAACGGAAGGUGCCGGUCAGAACUGGAAGAACAAGGGCUGAUUGCAGACCCCUUCGCACCCCCUGCUCUGCUCGCCUCCCUACAAGAGGAGGUGGAUUUUCAUCAGCUUGGCUGCCUUCGCCCUCACUCCCCCCCCAGUCAUGGUGGGUCACCUGCACUUGCAAGGAAUGGAAGAAAGCCUGAAGGAGAAGAACCGGGAGGGUUUGCUGGAUAGCCCGGAUUCUGGGCUGCCCCCCAGCCCCAGCCCCCCUUUUUACUCCUUGUCUCCAGGCAUCAUUGAAAACAGAGCCGGGGGCAGCAGCUCAGCCGCAGAUCUCCCUGGACAUGGGCACAGAAAGGAUGCCAAAGAGGGGAGAGUGAUCCCUUACCUUCUUCUGAAUGCCUCCGCACCAGAAAUGAGGCCUCGGAUGUAUCCUGUGUUUUUUGGUGAAAGCAUUGAGGUCAACCCUGAACCGGCACAAGAAAUAAGGUGCAACUCCGAGGUAAAAUACGGCUCUGAGCGACAUUACAAGGACGACGUGUUCUAUUGCCCGAUCCCCACCGUCACCACCUACAGCGAGACGGUCAUCGCUGCCCCCAAUUGCACGUGGCGGAACUACAAGUCUCAACUCAUCUUCGAGCCGCGCCAGAAGCCCCUCCGGUUCCAGAGCACAACCAUCAUCUUCCCCAAACAUGCCAAGAACAUUUACCGGACCACUCUCAACUAUAGCCUGGGAUGUGCCAAACGAUGGUUUGCCUCGAGUGUGCAGCUUGAGCUCUGUGAGGAGAACAGCCCCUGCAUCGUCUACACUGGAAACCUUUAAUACAGUAUUCUGCCUGCCGGGGGUGGGGGGGGGAGCCCUUAACCAAAGCAUAAGGUUUAGGCCUGCAUUGGAGGUACAGCCUUUCUGGACUGCCAGCCAUGGCUGAGGGCCUCUGUUCACCACCUCCAGGGCCUUUAACUUUCACACGCAGCCUUGGAGGCACACGGUUCAAAUGUUUUUCCCCCCUGCUCUGAGAAGAAGCCAAGGGAGCGAAUUGUCUUCAUAUGUAAAGUGGCUAAGGUUUUGAUUUUUCCUACCUUGAAUCCAAUCUGUUCAAUUCACACUUAAAUGCAACCUAAAGCCCUUCAGUUAUUCAGUUGCCUUUUUUUAAAAAAAAGUGCCGUUUUUUUAUAAGCUUCUGAGGGCCCUCUCUGUAGUGUGUAGAAUUCUGCCAAGCAUUUCUUCAGAGAUGAUGGUGACGUCAAAGAAGAAGAUUUAGCUGACGGAGACGUCAAAGCGAUGAUGUUUUGCCGUACGGAACUUUGGUUUCAUCCUGAGAGCGUAUCUGGUUAGAUGGCUGCGGUCAUGGUUAACGUAAACAGAUGGCCACGAAGAGGAUAAAGGAAAGGCAAAUGGAGAUUUUUGUACAGUAGUUGAGGUGCUUGUGAACCAGAAACCAGCUGCUUCUGUUGCCUUAGCAAGUAACUGUGUAUAUAGAAGAAGCCAAGAAGAGCAUUCUUUUCUGAGGUAGCUGUAACACAUAGACAAUGUCUGAAAGCGAAGUGUAAGGCUGUGUAGGGUAAGAGUUUUCAUGUGAACUCAUUCCUGCAGGAGGCUGUGUUUUUGACAAUCGUUUGCUCUAAAUAAUUGUAAGAUGACAGCUUUUAAUGAGACAGUGUAUUGGACCAAAGGAUCUUUUAAAAUGCUUUGUGGUAAUGCCACGUUUCCCUAAAUAUGGAGCUACAUUCUGUGGGAGCAUGAGGAUGUGGGGGAAUUGCAUUUGCUUGGACUGGCAAUGUUGCAAACUUAGCCUGAGGUAGAUGAAUAGGAGAGGAAGAAACUGCGUGAAGAUGCAGGACAAAGGGGAAGGGACUGGAUUUGAACGUUGUGGCUUAAUUGUGCAUAGUGUACAAUUAGAAGAAGUCAUGCAUGCGGUACACAGCAAUGAUGUAGUAGUUGCCAUUAUACUGCCUAGAAAGAUUAUGUUUUUAAAUAGGAAAUGAUCACCAGUUAAGCCAGUUGCAUAUCCAAUGUACAACAAUGAUUUGAUCUCCAAUAUACGAAAAAGAGAGAUUGUGCUUCUGAACAUAGAACAAUAUGCAUUUAAGCUGAUUGUGUACAUAAUACACAACUAGAGAUGGGCAUGAACCUAAAUACAAACCUAAGUUUGGCACAAACCGGGCCGGUUCAGGGUUCACGAACCGGUAAUUCGUCAGAGCCCAUUUCUGAUGAACUGCCAGGAACUUUAGGCCGGUUCGUUUGGUUCAUUUUUCGGUUCGUCACUGCAGACAGCCUGGCGCUGAUCAGUCAGUUUCCUAGCCAUCGGGGGAUGGGUUUUCUGCAGACCUUCUGCUGACCUGGAAGUGACCUUCUGCUGACCCGGAAGUGCCAUUUUUCACAAACCAAGUGAACUGGUUCACAAACCGGGGCAGGUUUGUGAAAGUUUGUGGUUUGUGAAACGUGGCAAACCACGAACCGCAUGGUUCAUUUCCCCCCCAAUUUGUGCCCAUCUCUAUUCACAGAAGCAGACAUUGGGAGAACUGACCGUUGCAGGAAUUGCAUAUCUGCAAAAAUGUUUGAAACUCUACUGAUGCCAAUUCAUAGUAAUGAAGUAAUAUCCUUGAAAAUAAAUGGGAAUUUUUCACAUGUCCCUAGACGCAUGUAGAUUCCAACUGGUUUGGCAAAAUCCAUGCCACAACAUGACAGGAGAAUUCAGUUCUUCAUGUGUAGCUUGGAGGGGAUCCAUGGUAAAGCUUGUCUGUUGUAAAUUUAGAAAAAUAUAUGAUUUGUUAAAUAUAGAAUGGAAACCGAGUAUGAAAAGCUCUGUGUGGCAAAGGGAACAUCCCCUGAACGCCUGUCUUCACAAUCUGGACCACUCUGGCUGGGCUACUUUUUCGGGCCUUUAAGACUAGUUCACAAGUUACAGUGAAUGCAAGUAUAUCCUGCAUGUACGUGUAUAAAUCUGUUGGUAAGACAGACCCAAUGCAUCUUCACUUUACAAACGAAACCAGGGACCAGUACCUGGAUAAAUGUGCAGCUUAAGUUCCACUCUCUGCUCUACAUCCCUUGAAUGUAACACAAGAAUUGCUCAAUGCACAUAUAAUGAACAAUCAAGUGUACAGUGUACAACAGAUCGUACGUGCGUUGAAUCACAGUAACUUGUGAACAGGGCUUAAGAAAACCAAGUGAGGCCUAACUUCUGCACGCUAAGUCGGAUGCCAUGAAAUUCUUUUAUUUAAAAGCCUUGUUGCGUGGCGGAAUACAACUCCGGUUUUUUUAAAAAAAACAGUGGAAGGCAUCGUCUUGACCAGGUUUUAAAUUCAUUGGAAAGAUGUCUUUGGUUUAAUUUCCGUGUCAGAGGGACAUAAUACGUUCACACAUCUUAUUUAAGGCUAGAGAACUGACACUAUUGAAUAAAUGCAGGCAGUCAUUUAGCAAGUGCUAACUUUGCUAUAAAGGUGGAACGCAGAAAACAGUUUUAUCGGUAGCAACUAUAAAACUGCAUGAACUACUUGCUAAUCUGAGGCAUAGUUCACACAAACAACUGAAGAGGAGGUGGUAAAGCUGUUCUUGGAUCAUUCUAUCCAGUCUGCAGGUUGAAAUCAAAGGCUUAUAUGGGGGAGGAAAUCUCUGCAUGGCGAAAGACAGCGUAUCAGGGAGAAUGUUAUUCAGAAGUAUUCAGAAGUAAUACUGAAUCAGGGCCGGCGCCACCAUUGAGGCGGUGAGGCGGGUGCUGCAGGCACUGAGGCACCGAAGGGUGCUGGAGGAGGUGCCGGGGGCGGAGGCACGCACCACGGAGCUGGCGUGCCUGUCCUGCAGCUGCUGCAGCCAGCCAACCCCGCGCCGCUGCCACCAC